AAUUAAUUUUGAUUGCAAAAUGAAAUCUGCUCACUUCUCACACCUCUCAGCCCCAAUACGUGCCCAAAAUCCUAAACACACUUCUUCUUCUUCUUCUUCUUCUUCUUCUUCAGUUAAUCUUCUCCAGCCCUGCAAAUUCAGCUCUGUUUCUCUGACUUCGCCUUCAAAAUCGUCCCGUUUAUUCACGGUUUUUGCUUCCAAUUCCGCUAAAACGUCCCCUUCCCUGUCCGACCCUGCCGUGACGGAGCUCACCAAGGAUGCUUUUCUUCAAAUCGAUAACGACGUGUCGCAAGGUCCGUUGAAUGUGGAAGUCAGAAACCCUAGCGUUCCGAGUCCGUCGGUGGCCAAAUUGAGCUUGAGCGACCAAGCUUUCUUUCUCCUGACCUUCAUCGCCUGCACGACUUCUGUGGCAUUUACGAGCCUUGUAAUUGCAGCUGUACCAACGCUUUGUGCAAUGGGGAGAGCUGCACUAUCUCUUUCAAAGCUGGCAGAUACAGCUCGUGAAGAACUCCCUAGUACUAUGGUUGCCAUUAGGCUUUCAGGCAUGGAAAUAAGUGAUCUUACACUGGAACUGAGUGAUCUAAGCCAAGAGAUAGCUGAUGGGGUCAGCAAAUCCACUCAAGCUGUUCAAGCUGCUGAAGCUGGGAUUCGGCAGAUUGGUUCACUUGCUCGACAGCAGACUAUGUCUAUGAUUCAAGAGAGGGCGAGCCUGCCCAUCAUCUCUUUGCAACCUGCUGUUGUUGGAGCAGCAAAGAAGACUUCUCGUGCUGUUGGCCAAGCCACCAGGACGCUCAUGAAUAUAAUCUCUCGAAGGGACUUAGAGAAUAAGGAUGACAUUGGAAUUGAUAGGGUGGAAAUUUGAGUUUGCCGCACUUAAAAUCAGUAACACUAUUCUCACCAACUUUGUGCACAUACUUGUAUGGACUCCAUUAUUUCCACCACUAAGUCAAAUAUUUUAUGGGUAAUAUGGAGAAGAACUUUUGCACAAACGUUUGUGAAAAUAGUUUAUGCUGAAAAGUUUGCGCGCUUGAUACAGCUUGUAGAGCAGUUAUUGUAAGUGCAAAUGCCCCGAAGUUAGGGAUAAGUCGUCAAGAUACCGUUGACUUCAUAGUAGCUCAUAAGCUCCCGUUGCAGUGGUGGUCCAGUUCCUCGAAUUCAAGCUGUCAAAGGAGUAAGAAGUUCCUAAGCUCCUAUUGUGAUGCUGGUCCAAAUGUGAGAUUCCUAUAUUACCGUUCCAAACUAAGGUUGGCCGGUACAACAACAUUGAUGAUGUAAUGGACUCUUUGUGGUACAGAGGUGCUGUAGAACCGAAAGAAAAGGAAAUUGCUGAGAGAAAAUGAAAAAGAGGAUAAGUUUGUUGUUCAUUCAGCUGUUGUUUAUUUAUGCUUGCCAACUAUCUGAUCUGAUCCAUCAGCUGUAAUUACUGAAGAUGGUUCUGGUAUGCCUACACGUAUGCUCUCUUUCUGAAGUAUGAACUUGGUAUGGUAUUGGUUUGGUCAUUACCAUCAUUAGUUUUU